CCAUUACUUUUCUUCCAUCUAGCGCAGCUCGUCAGUCUUCAAGAUCCGGAGCACCUGUUCCACGAACAGGCCGCUGCUUGGCGGGAGUUAUGGGAAGACGGCUACCUCUGCUUUCAUGGUAGCCAGGGCGAGGAUGCAUCUUCGACUCGAUUAAGUCGCAUUCUUCAUACUGCUCAGUACAGCUUACUUACGUGCUUCCCUUCAGUCAGCCAACCGGGAUUUAUGCAUCAACCGUCAUGUGAAUUUUAUGGACUAUGCCCAACCGGUUUAGCCCGAGGCAAUGAAGAAGAUGACUAUAUGGGGCACGUGUUCUGGGACAUGGAACUUUGGAUGUUGCCUUGGAUCAAUCUGUUUCAUCCACAGCUGUGUCGUCUCUCACUGGACUAUCGGUAUGCAAUGCUUCCAUUGGCUAGGUAUCGCGCAGUCAGCGAGGGCUUUGAAGGUGCACGUUUUCCAUGGGAAAGUGCCUUUACAGGUCUCGAAACAACACCCUGGGAUCUGGCUGCGCAAAAUCAAAUCCACGUAGUCGGCGCGGUCUCUUUCGCCAUUGGACAGUGGCUGACUACUCACUCACCUUGUAAAGGCAACUCCUUAUCGACUUAUUCGGACACUGCAGCGUUUCCCGUUUCGUCGUCUGCUCAUUCCCCUGAUGACCCCGUAGAAUGGUACCGGUAUCGUGGCCGAAUCUUACUGGAAGAUAUUGCUCGGUUUUGGUCUUCGAGAGUGCAGUACAGCUCUACAAAGGAAGCCUAUGAGAUCGUCGAUGUAAUGCCGCCUGACGAGUACACGCAUUGCUGCCGUAACUCAGCCUACACAAAUACCAUAGCUUCUCUAUCACUGGCGGCGCCUGCUGUCUUUGCUCGUUACUACGGUGACCCGGUUCCAGAAGAGUAUUUGGACUGGGAGAACAAGGCAAAGAGCUUAUGGAUGCCGCGGGAUACCGUAAACAAAGUCAUGUUGGAACAUGAGGAUUAUGUUCUUGGCACUUGUGUCAAACAGGCUGACACAAUACUUCUGACUUAUCCACUUAUGUACAACCAACCUGAAGCGUGGAAACGCAACAUGGUUGAUUUGUAUGCCAAAGUUACUGAUCCCAACGGCCCAGCGAUGACGUGGUCCAUAUUCUGUAUUUGCGCUUUGGAACUAAAGGAAUUCGACCGCUCAAUGGACUAUUUCGAACGAAGUAUCGAGCAUGUCCAUGGUCCCUUCCUUGGUUGGACCGAGGUUCGCGAUGGUAGUGGAGCUGCAAAUUUCCUAACCGGUGCUGGUGGAUUCUUACAGUCAAUCGUCAAUGGUUUUGCAGGUGUUAGGAUAUCUUUAAUACCGCAUCCGCGCAGUAAACCUACAUGCCCCGACUCCGUUCACACUGUGGCGGCCUUAUUCCUAACCCCAUCUGUUCCGACGAGAUUCGCACAGGUUGUGUCAAUCAUUCGGCUGCAACAUCUCCAUUUCCAGCAAAGAACUCUGACUAUUCACAUCGAUUUGACGGAGCAAAACGUUACUCUUGUGUUAACACAGGGACUACCUUUGAGUGUGGGGCGACUCUCAAGAGAUAAGCACUGGGUGUUUGAUGCCUUUCGACUCGACAAAGAUAUUCCACUUCAACUACAAUUCCAACCGCUGUGUAUUAUUGGAACAGAUUUAUUGGACGAUAUUCCAACCAUUGCUGUUGAUGUAUGUUAGACAUUCUCUUAGAAGCGUCGAAUCCGAUUCGAUGGCUGUUUCGUUACUUAUGUUUACGUUUAACAGCCAUUAUUUUUACUCCCAGGAUAAAAUUUUAAAGUUGCC